GUUCAACAACACUUGGAUUGCAUCAUGCCGGGUCGACUUCCCAUGAAGAGUGACUUUCCAUCUUCACUUGAACUAAGCAUUACUCCUCCACCGUCGUCACAACCUCCCACGAACGUCCUCGUCCUCCUUCACGGUCUCGGAGAUACCAACGAACCAUUCACGAAGCUUGGUCAACAACUUUCCCUGCCCGAAACUGUGUGUAUAUCUGUGCAAGCUCCAAACCCUCUCCCUUUCUUCCUCAGUGGCUUCAAUUGGAGCGAUGACCUCGUCAUCGACCAAAAUACCCAUAAACUAGAUGGAGAUGUGGGCUUCAAGGUCUCUACUCGCCUCAUACUGGAUAGCGUAAUCUGUGAAGGCCUCAUUGGGCAAUGUGGCUACAAGGCGCGCGAGAUAAUAGUCUUCGGAUACGGUCAAGGUGCCAUGGCUGGAUUACAAGCUGCCGCUGAACUUGAAGGAGACGAACUUGGCGGUGUUAUCAGCAUUGGAGGUGUGCUGCCACUAUCGCUGCCUCUGAAAGCCUUGGAGCGGAAGAGCAAGACCCCUGUGUUGGUUUGUAAGGGAUCACGCGGCUCUGCAGUCUCUGAUAGUGCCAUUACAAGGCUUAAGGAUGCCUUUGAGUUUUUGCAGCUCCAACAGUGGAAUGAGUAUGGGGAUAAGAUGCCAAGAAACCGCGAGGAAAUGCUUCCCAUUAUGCAGUUUUUUGCUAGAAGGUUGCGGAGCACUCGAGGCGUACCUGCUGGCGGCGUGGAACUUACGUGACGUGGAUUUUUCCCGACAAGCAAGCAACCUUAUACCAUGGGCACCAAAGAAAACAUGAUAUGUCUAGCCUAAUCUCCUCUACUAGUGUGAUGAGGAGACUGG